AAAUCAGCGAAGAAGAAGAUUGACUGCAAAUGUUUACCGGGAAGAUGUGAAGAUAGUGACGAAGAUCUGCUCCCACUUUUAUUGAUACAACAUCAAAUACUUAUGAGCAGUUAGAGCUAAGUAGUCAAAUGUAAAGAUGAGUUCAUUUGCAGGUCGUAUGAAGGAAUAUCCCACCAUUUCUCUGGACCGGUUCGACCGAGAGAACUUACAUGCCCGGGCAUAUUUCCUCUCCCACUGUCACAAAGGUGAGCCACGAAGUCAGCCAGCAUCACCAAUGUGUGGGCUUUACAUUGAUGUUGUUUGAUAGUAUUUGAAAUUCAUGACAUUUACCAUUUAAAAAGCCUUGUAGCAACAGAAACUACAAGUUUACUAAAGGUGACGAUGUGUUUUUAUGUCAUUUGGCUUCCACCAGAUCAUAUGAAGGGGCUAAAAGGACCAAAACUGAAGAGAAAACUGCAGUUCAGGUGAGGAGGACUACUAAGAUAGAAGAAGGUCGUUUUAUUGGAAAGGGAAGGCAUUAGUGAUCAAAUAUCUGCAGAAAGGGUUGCUGAAAAUAAGUCUGUGAUAUAGAUUAUUUGGUUAAAAGUUAUCAUCUGAUAUAGUAAAUGACCUCAAAAGGAUUCAGUACAUGAAAUGAGCUUGUUGAAUGACUGAAUCUUGUCUUCUCUUUGGUUCCAGUCGCACAGUCAGACUUUACUGCUCAUUUGUGACCAAAGAACUUCUGCUGAGCAACCAAAAGUAUGCUUUCUGGGAGGACUACAUUGUAAGUGUGCCAGACAGAGCAUUGAAACAGGUUUUUGGCAUCAUGGAUGUUAUCUUAUUUUUUGAUUUGCAACAGUUUACCCCCCUCUUUCUCUUUGUUUUGGGGUGUUUUUCUUUAAGACUGAUAGUGGAAUUAGAAGUCACAUCCUUCUCUGAUUGCUUUUUAAUACACUUCUUCUCUUCUGAUGGAUGGUUUAGGUUCCCUUGGAGCUGGAAAGCCCAACUCAGAUCUCUCUGGUUGACGAGGAGUCAGGAGAGGUAAAAACAGAACUCCUAGUUUCCUCCGACAUGUAAAUGUGUAUGUAGUUUAUUUGUUUGGUGAGAUUUUCUGUUGUUUGUUUGACAGAAAGAAGACAUUGUGGUCACGCUGUUAACUGCAGGCCACUGUCCCGGCUCUGUUAUGUAAGUCGAACCAUUUUCCAACUUUUUUUUCCCCAAUGUCUAUUUUCACAGCACACUUGAUUCAUUUCAUAGGAUGUUUAAACUGUAAAUUUACUCAGUCUAGAGUGUUGUCUUUCUGUCCGUGUAGGUUCUUGUUCGAGGGCUCUCAGGGAAACGUUUUGUACACAGGAGACUUCAGGUUGGCAGCUGGAGAUGUUUCACGGAUGGAGCAUCUGCACUCCGGCAGCAGGUUUGUACUAGUGUUAAUAAAAAGUGCUUUUUUCUAUUUUCUCAAACUAGGGUUAUAUUUCUGAUCCUAUUUUUUAACAUUUCACACACAGAGUGAAGGAUAUUCAGAGUAUCUACCUGGACUCCACUUUCUAUGACCCACGAUACCAUCAAAUACCUCCUCGGGUAAGUUGAAGGGAUGGACACGUGGUUUACAGCUGAAAUAGGAACAGCUGGAUACCAGAAAAUGAAUCUGACUGUAGAAAAGCAGCUGGACUUUUGGAGAAAAAUGAAGAAAAAAGAUGUUAAAAAUACACAUUUUUAAUCUCUGUGUGUCUGCAGGAGGUGUGUCUGAGCGGCGUCUUAGAGCUUGUCGGAAACUGGAUCAGUCAGAGUCCGUAUCAUGUCGUCUGGCUCAACUGUAAAGCUGCGUAUGGAUAUGAGUACCUGUUUACCAACCUGGGAGAGGAGUUCAACACACAGGUGACCCAUGACACACAUUACUAUAAACUUCACAAUAUACCAUAAGAUCCGUAGUAUGAGUCACACCUAGGCCUGUCACGAUAACAAAUUUUGCUGGACGAUAAUUGUGCUACAAAUUAUCGCUGAUAAACGAUAUUAUUGACACCGUUUUUUAAAUUAUAGAUAAUGAUAUUAAAUGGCAUAAUAAUGCGAGUACACCGUGUCAAAAGUGAUAAACUUUAAUUUUACCCACGACGAAGACGUAACGUUGACGAGCUAAACAUAAGUCGGAGAUGACUAAAAUGUGACGAGACGAAAAUGACAAACAGAGUUGCAAAACUCAGUCAGUUAAACGCUAAACAUAUAGGAGCAGCUUCAGUCCGCUCUGACAGCUCUCAUCAGCCUGCUGUGCUCCUCCAACACACAGACACACACGAGCGCGCGCGCACACACGUGGAGUUUUCUGGUUGGCGAAAACAAAACUGGUUUAAAGCCGAAAUAUUCCCACACUUGGGCUGUUGCGUUCGGUUUAGACACCAAAGCUGUCGUGUUCAUUCUGUUUGCUUGCUUUUCACUCACGACGCUCACUUGCAGCACUGUAUCCAAAAGUCUGUGUCUGUGCGCGCCUACGUGUACCUGCGCGCGCGCCCCCUCGUAACAAAGACACUGAAUGACUGACAGGAGGGUUCACUAACUCCGUUCAUUCCGCUAUAAAGCCAACGCCCCCAGGUGCCGAGAAAAAUGCGCAGAGUGAGACCUCUUCUCUCAUCCAGCGUGUUUGGUAGCGAGAGAGGAGGAAAACAAACGCACGUCAAUUAUCGAGGCUGGCAAAGUUAUCGACCUCGUUUUUAUUUAUCGAGCGAUAAGGCGAUUUAUUGAUUAUCGCGACAGGCCUAGUCACACCUGUGUAUAAGGAGUAGUCAUUUUUUGGCAGAUAUCUCAGAAGAAAAACGUUAAAGCUGUGCAUGAGUACUAAAGACAGACUGAUUAAUCAAUCGGCUGAUCAAUCUGGCUGAUUAUUGGUAGUUGGCACUAAUGCAGCUGAUAUGACAACUGUCUUUUGUCGCUGUCAUGUUCAUCUUCCUCUUGUUAGCAGCAAAGCGGUGGUUUAAAGUUCAAGCGCCAUCAGCUGGCGAACAUGCUCUGAUGCACUUAAAUACCUUUGUCAGUCUUGUAUUCUGGUGUACCCUUUUUUCUGAUGACAAAAAAAGGUUUUACACCAAAUUUUAUCUCCGUGUCCUUCUACACACAAAUCAAUACAGUGUCUGUUAAAAUCUUUGUUUUUACCUCUUAGAUCCAUGUGGGAAGUCUGGCGAUGUUCAAAAAAAUGCCAGAGAUUCUGAGCUACAUGACGACCGACCGCAGGACCCAGAUCCACGCCUGUCGACACCCAAAGGUCUCACAGCUGCUCUCUCUAUUCUGUCACUAAAGAGCUGUAAUUAAAACCCUGUUUUGCUUUGGGUUAGAAAAGAAGAAAAUAAUGAUCUUGUAUCUGUUUCAACAGGAGCAAAACUCUCUCCUCUCUUUACUCAUCUUUUGAUGCUUUUGAUGACCGUAUCAAUGUCUUCUCUUUUUCUCCGUAUGUUCAGGACGAGGAGUUUUUCCAGGGUAGCAGGCUGCCAUGUGGCUGCACAGCCUCUGAUGGCACUCCCCUUCGCAUCAUCAGCAUCAAACCGUCCACCAUGUGGUUCGGAGAGAGGAUGAGGAAAACCAAUGUUAUUAUAAAGUAAGAGUUCAUGUGGAUUCACUAAAAAAACGAAAAAAUGCUUUAUCACAGUUUGAUUUGUGUGUGCUGAAUGUGUCUUAUUGUUGUUGUUGUUUCUCUUUACAGAACAGGAGCCAGUUCCUUCAGAGCCUGCUUCAGCUUUCACUCGUCCUACUCGGAGGUUCUUAAACUGUUUAUGUUAGCCGGCUCUUUUCGAAGCGGGCCCUUUUUUAAAAUCUUCUCAGUCUUAGAAAACCAUAUUUUUUCAUGUUUUAGUUCAAAAUGAUUGUCUGAUUCAGCUGGCCUUGAUUCACUCAGAAAACUUGUGAAAGCAUUUGUGAACAAGAAGAUUUAGUUUAAACUUUUCUGCUUUUAAAUGACUUGUCCAAAAUCCCCCAUUCCAACAAUGUGUCUCCAUUUCAGCUCAAAGAUUUCCUCUCCUACCUCAAGCCUGUCAACAUUUACCCCAAUGUAAUUCCUAUCGGUCGAACACUGUCUGACGUCACACAGAUGUGAGUGAAGUUUAAUUUUUUAAUGAUGUAUUCAGCCUAAAAUGAAUUAAUCAGAAAAUGAAUGAAUUAUCACAAGAAAACUCAUCUAAAUAAUAAUUUUAUCAAGCAAUAUUACCAGUACUUGCGUUGGCGGGGGAAUCUUAGAGUUAAAGCAUUUUGUCUCUGAAUAGGUUGAAGCCGAUGUGCAGGAACCAAUCCGACCAAGCAGCACCCGUGUACAAACCUCUGGGAGUCCUCAAACGCAGCAUGGCGCAGCGACCUACAUAUGGUGAGACAAGAAUACGGGUUCAUUUCAUGUGCUCUGUGAAAACACCUGUUCCUGCACCUGUAACUGUGAGGCUUGUUAGCAGUUAGUUAUGUGAUAAAACGACUUAUUUGAAUGAGUCCAAAGAAGACACAAUGUUUGCAUCACAUACUAAAGGACGGUUAGAUUUGAUGUUAUUAAAGAAAAACAACCCUCACAGCUGAAAUAUUAAAAGAGAUGCACCAUGAAGACAAAUAAGUGCACUCCUAAAGCAGAGCAGGUGAUCAAUCUUCUUCAAACUAACAAAAAGGCCACAAACCUGAUGGUUCCUCUCCUGCUUCUUAAGCCCUUGAUCCCUUCGAAGCAGGACCCUGCACCCUUGAUGAAGAGCCCCCGUUUGUCCUCACGGGUUACAGUAGGUUGUGGGACUGCCAUAUGUUAAAGAAGCAACUGCAUGAAAAGUUUUCAGGUUUUGUUGUUUGUGGUGUAACUUUGCAGUUUCUAACCAAAAGCAUCGAUGCGGACAAAAAAAGUUGUGUGUGUGUUUGGCCUGAUGAAAAUAAAGCUGUGUGGUUACAUUCUUCAUAUUGUUAUAACAUCAAAACAGUUUGAAAGCAUGAUCAGUUUGCUGAAAUCUUCUCCAGUAAGAAAGCAUUGCUUGUUUGAAUAAAAUAGUUUUUUUCAUGUGUUGCAUUAACACCAGAGCAGAUGACCCUAGAGGCUGUAGUCUUCGGAGGGAGGCAGCCCAAACCGUGGCGUUUUGCCACGUCUCUCCUACUCUUGAUUCCCUGUUAACUUCUCUACUGACUGCCUUUUUUUCUUAAUAAAAACUUUAAAAAGUUACAAAAAAUACCUUUUCGAAUGUUUUGAAUUAAGUCUGUUUGUUUCUAUCAGAUUCAGACAGCGAUGAUGAGCUGUUUGACGGCCUCGAUCUGGCACCAGUGAGGAAGAAGAUGGGGCUGGACCAAGGAAUUCAGAAAGGUACAAAACUGUCCGUUAACAUAUUUAUCCACUCUUAAACUCUCUGAUUCAUGCAUUGAUUUAAACAUAGACAGAAUCACAGGAUUUGACAGUAAAAUUAUCAUGUUGAUGAUUAACCUAAAAGUAGAUUAUUCAUUUCUUUUAAUGUGUUUAUCAGAAAAAGCUCAGAGUCCUCAGAAAACAGCGCCCCCUGUGCUCUUGGAAGAGUCUUUACCUCUGUCAGUCACACAAGCUGCUGCAGGCAACUUUGUGGACUGUACUGAGUCCAACGGUGAAGAGGAGGAUGAAGAGGAUCAGCAGGAGGAGGAUGAGGGAGCCGGGGAUAAUACAGUGAUAAUGACGGAGGAGAACGGGGCAGGGAAGGAAAAUGAGAUGAAGGAAGUGACUGAGAUAAAGGAGCUUAAAGCAGGACAGGGUUCAACUGAUCUGCCAAAAUGGGAGGAUUUCUUCACCUCAGAACCGCUCCCUGACAGCCAGAGCAGCCUCAACAGCCAAUUACAGUCCUGCAGCUCAGUACCAAGCUCCACCCCUUCCAGACUGACAGGCUCACAGACCCCAGAACUCUUCAGUGAGGAAGAUGAAACCCCAAACAAUGAUGAAAACUUCAGUCUAACCCUGUCAGCCUCCCUGUCUAAUCACUCCUCUCAGAACCUGGACACUUAUUUUCCUGACACCCUGAUCCUUAGGCCAGAGCAGGAGAAAGAGGGAGAGGGUGAUGUAGAGACCAAAGCUCUGGAGGACAUGGACAAUGACCUGAACAUCCAGUCAGAGCCAGAGGAGCUCACAGGGUCUCAGACGUCUUCUGACUUUGAUAUUCCCUGCACACCAGAGUCAAAGACGCCACAACCUGAAGAGUUAAUGCUGCUGUACAGGAAGCUGGCUUCAGGAGAGGACUUGGUCAUCAAGAAGAGGGACUGAAAAACGAAACUUGAAACUUUUGACAUUCCCUUUCAUCUGUUAGAUCCUACUCACUUUGGUCAGAUUCCAAAUGAGUUGUUAGAGUUAUAGUACAUAAAGACAGUGAGUAUUUGAAGUUAUGAAGAGAGUUUUGAUGGAGUCUGCUGCUGCGUGACUUUGACAGAUCACUCACUCUUAUUUCACUCUCUGGUUCAGGGUUUGGUACGAGUUUAAAAUUCUGCGUUCUUUGCGUCAUACAGAGGCUAAAUCUAACAAGAGCAUAGUUUUAUGUCGUAUUCAAGACAUUAGCCUGUGUGCAUAAGAAAAUAACCUGUGUGGAAGAUCUUGUCUUGUGAGGGCAGAUAAAUCCUCUUGUGUUUGUUCUCUGAAGUUAUCUAUGUUGUGAGCACAAGAUAACUUGUUCUAACAAGAUGAUAGUGUGAGCAUGAUUUCAUGCAAGGUUAGUAACUUUCACCAAAAUAACAAUAAGUCAAUUAGUUUGUGUUCACCACAAGAUGAUAUCGUAUGCACACAAGAUAUUGUUUCCACAAGAGAAAUGUCUUGUGAAUGCAAGGUAGUUAUCUUGACCCCUCAAAAAAAAAAAACAAAUACAAAGUGUGCACACGAUAACUUGUGUGUACACCAGAUAAUUAACUUAAUUGAAAACAAUAGUUUGUUUCCUUGUGAUAUCUUGUGGGCACAAGAUAUUUCCUUUUUUCGCAAUAAUCCACCUUGUGCCUGCAAGAUAAUUUACCCCCCCCCCCAAAAUAACAAUUAUUGUGCAUAAGAUAAUUUACUUGUGUGUACAAGAUACAUAUCUUGUGUGCUAAGUAUAAAAAAAACUUGUCGACUUCAGUGGUUCAGUAAAAAUACAAAAUUUAAGUUACCGCGUUGAGAUGGAAAUCUAGUUUUCAUGUUUGAAACUGCUCAGUGAUGGCGGGUUUGAUUCCUUAAAUAUGCCGAUGUUGCCUUAUGUAUUCCUAGUCUGGUUCAUGUUCUUGUUGGCUCGGUUGUCUCGACACUAUUUAAUUAUCUAGCAAAACCACAACCCAAAUAUUGUGUGACCAAAUCUCCUCUUUUCUUUCAUUAGAAAGUAAAUAUUUACUCCUCAACUUCUCUGUUUGGAAGUCAAGCAGAUUUUUCCAUAACUCGGUAGAUGGUCAGAUUUAUCGUGAGUUAAUAUUUGAAAAAUGUUACAACUAAAAUAAACAUGACGUUUAAACUUUCUAUUUUAAAAAUUUCCACACAAAAUGUGUAGAUGAUCAUAUUGCCCAGAUUUUGACUCCCCAAACUAACAAAACUGAAUAGCUUGUUUUUUUAGCGCCUUUUUCCUGACCUAUCUGCUGCAAUAGUUAUAAAAUAUAGAUUAAGAAACACAAAGAGCUUCUGUGCCACCUCACAUGCCUUAAAGAGGCACCUGCUGCUCAGCCUCCAAACCACACAAACCUCAGGAUGUAAAGCAACACAAAAACUCAGUUAUUCCAAUGCACUUUACAUUCAUGAUGCCCCACAUGCAUUAAUGCACCUGCACACUUCAGACCUCUUCGUUUUGUAUCGACAGUUUGUGGUUUUUUCUCAGUGGGCCAAAUGUUGUAAAGCGACUUAAGUUUUCUCACAAAUAAAAAGUUUUCAUUUAAAACAAAA